AUGAGAGACACUCAAGGCCACAGUUGCAAGACGUUGCACAUGUGUGAGCUGGUCGCCCAUAGUUUCUUCGCUGUCCUGGGCGACAAAGUUGCCAUUCGAGCCACCGUUCAGAAGUAUUCCGAACUUUCUCCUUGGUCAUCCUCUGGAGCGACGAGUGGGACGGAUCUCCUUUUAGCCACACAAGCAAGCGCCUGUGGACCAUAUACCAAAGGAAGAUGUCUCAUGUCCUCGCUCAGCCUCGCUCGGUCACCCUGCCCAACUUCACCUAUUGUCGAGGCUGCACUUCUUCCGUUUCCAAUUGCACAAUCCUAUAACUCCUACAAGAGUAUCCAUCAAGAUUGUUUGACUCAGGAUACUGGCUGUAAGAAAUUGCACUGGUUACUCGAGAAUAUCGCGAUCUGCAAUGUACGACAAUCUUGGCUUCAAUUUUAG